AUGUUCGCUCCCUCAUCUCACCUCCUAUCAGCGACCUCAGGUCAUCUCUUUCCACCGGCGACCUCGGCUCAUCUGUUUCCACCAACGACCUUGGGCUCACCUCACGUCACCGGAGACUACAACGACUGCUCAACUUUACAAGCCCUAAGUACGAUUAAGCCGACCGUUGUUCUCCACAUCUCCAACUUCUUGCCUUCCCAUGGUCCAUCAAUUAGAUCUAAUUCGCCAAAGGCCCUUCCUCUAGCAGAUCCCUGUAUACCAUCAAGAACAUAUUUAAGGCAUAUGGGGAGUCUUCAUUGUAAGAAAGCACCAAGUCCAAGUUCUGAAAGCCCUUCUGGGAUUCUUAAUGGUGAAAGCUUGAAACUCAAAUCAAUUGCUGAUUUUGAUCUCUUCUUUAAGAGGCGUGAAAACUAUGGCAUGCUGAACAAAGGGGUGCUAAGCUUCCUGAUAUCUUCAUGGGUCCCGGGUGCGGGGCCCACCGUCAAGAAAGGUUUGUCCAUAGGCAGCAGAUGUAAUGGAAGUCUUUAUCCAUCUUGGAGAGCCUUGUCAUGUUUGUCAGCUUCUUGUGCAGAUAGUUCAACAUAUCCAUCAAGAGUUGAUGUGAGAAUUGGAUGUGAUCUAGAUGGGCUUAAACUUGUUGUGGAGGGAGCCUCUAUUCCUGAGUGUGCUAAUGGGACAAGCAUUGUGAUACCCAUACCAGGAGCUGUGAGUGAUGAGGAUAUGGUUGUGACAGGAGCAGGUGCACGUGUACAUGACCAAGAUACAACCAAGCUUCCAUUUUUAUAUGAUUUUAAAAAACUGGAGGGCAAAUUGGAUUUUCUAACUUGUGUGGUUGUACUCACAUUCUAUCCUGCUGUGUCAGCCAGAACCCCUAUCACACUUGGUGAGGUACCGUACAUUGACAACUUUACUUCUCAUCAUCUCACUUUAUUUGUUCCGAGGUUUUUCAUUCUGUGA